UUUGUGGCGGACUACAGCAACCACAAGAUCCGGCGGGUGGAGGUGGCGACGGGCGAGGUGACCACGCUUGCAGGAAGCGGCGACGAGGGCGACGCGGAUGGCGUGGGCGACGCGGCACAGGUCUGCGGCCCAGCUGGCAUCGCCAUCAGCCCAGACGGCGGCGUGCUGUUUGUGGUGGACCAAGACAACCACAAGAUCCGGAGGGUUGAGGUGACUACGGGCGAGGUGACGAGUAUCGCGGGCAGCGGCGAGCCUCGCGACGCGGACGGCGUGGGCGACGCGGCGGAGUUCUGCGGCCCACGCGCCCUCGCCCUCAGCCCAGGCGGCGGUGCGCUGUUUGUGGUGGACCAAGGCAACCAGAAGAUCCGGCGGGUGGAGGUGUCGACUGGCGAGGUGACGACGGUCGCGGGCAGCGGCACCAGGGGCAGCGCUGAUGGCGUGGGCGAUGCGGCGGAGUUCAACAACCCAAGUGGCAUCGCCAUCAGCCCAGACGGCGGCGCGCUGUUUGUGGCGGACUGCAGCAACGUCAAGAUCCGGCGGGUUGAGGUGGCGACGGGCGAAGUGACGACGAUCGCGGGCAGCAGCACCACGGGCAUCGCCGAUGGCGUUGGCGACGCGGCGGAGUUCGACUGCCCAUUCGAAGUCGUCAUCAGCCCCGACGGCAGC